GCAUUUGAUCAUCUUGAUGAUCUAAUUAAUUCUCAAAAUCCUAGCGAAUAUUCUAAAACUUAUAUGAAAGCCAUAAUGGAAAAAGUAUUUCCUAAUGAAUUGUUCUCAAAUAAUUCAACAGCAUAUAUCAUGGCUAUUGUUUUUUUAUUUUUGGAUCCUCAUAGUGGUACAGAUGAAUUAAAUGAAAAUGUGGAAGAUUCAGAUUAG